CUUCUGGGGAGGGAGGAGAGCCCCAGAAUGGCUGAGGAGAAGAAGCUGAAGCUCAGCAACACUGUGCUGCCGUCGGAGUCCAUGAAGGUGGUGGCCGAGUCAAUGGGCAUCGCCCAGAUUCAGGAGGAAACCUGUCAGCUGCUGACAGAUGAAGUCAGUUACCGCAUCAAGGAGAUUGCACAGGACGCCUUAAAAUUCAUGCACAUGGGGAAGCGGCAGAAGCUCACCACCAGUGACAUUGACUAUGCACUGAAGCUAAAGAACGUUGAGCCACUGUAUGGCUUCCAUGCUCAAGAGUUCAUUCCUUUCCGGUUCGCCUCUGGUGGGGGCCGGGAACUCUACUUCUAUGAGGAGAAGGAGGUUGACCUGAGUGACAUCAUCAAUACCCCUCUGCCCCGGGUGCCCCUGGACGUCUGCCUCAAAGCUCAUUGGUUGAGCAUUGAAGGCUGCCAGCCAGCUAUCCCAGAGAAUCCACCUCCAGCUCCCAAAGAGCAGCAGAAGGCUGAGGCCACAGAACCCCUGAAGUCAGCAAAGCCAGGCCAGGAGGAAGAUGGACCCUUGAAAAGCAAAGGUCAAGGGGCUGCUCCAGCUGAUGGCAAAGGUCAGUACUGCUAGGCACCACCCCUCCUGGAGGGGGGCCCUUUUCGAUUAAAGCCCCGAAGUAUCCAUGAGUUGUCUGUGGAGCAGCAACUGUACUACAAGGAGAUCACUGAAGCCUGUGUGGGGUCAUGUGAAGCCAAGAGAGCGGAAGCCCUUCAGAGCAUCGCAACAGACCCAGGGCUCUAUCAGAUGCUGCCACGAUUCAGCACCUUCAUCUCAGAGGGGGUCCGUGUGAACGUGGUGCAGAACAACCUGGCCCUGCUCAUCUAUUUGAUGCGCAUGGUGAAGGCACUGAUGGACAACCCUACGCUGUAUCUAGAAAAAUACGUGCAUGAAUUGAUCCCAGCUGUGAUGACCUGCAUCGUGAGCAGACAGUUGUGUCUGAGGCCAGAUGUGGACAAUCACUGGGCACUCCGGGACUUUGCUGCCCGCCUGGUGGCCCAGAUCUGCAAGCAUUUCAGCACAACCACUAACAACAUCCAGUCCCGGAUCACCAAGACCUUCACCAAGAGCUGGGUGGAUGAGAAGACUCCAUGGACUACACGUUACGGCUCCAUUGCAGGCCUGGCCGAGCUGGGACAUGAUGUGAUUAAAACUCUGAUUCUGCCACGGCUGCAGCAGGAGGGGGAUCGGUUCCGUAGUGUCCUGGACGGCCCUGUGCUGAGCAACAUUGACCGAAUUGGAGCUGACCACGUGCAGAGCCUCCUCCUGAAGCACUGUGCCCCUGUUCUGGCAAAGCUGCGCCCACCACCUGACAAUCAGGAUGCCUAUCGGGCAGAAUUUGGGUCGCUUGGACCCCUCCUCUGCUCCCAUGUGGUCAAGGCUCGGGCACAAGCUGCUCUGCAGGCUCAACAGGUCAACAGGACCACUCUGACCAUCACUCAGCCCCGACCCACGCUGACCCUUUCUCAGGCCCCUCAACCUGGCCCUCGGACCCCCGGCUUGCUGAAAGUCCCUGGCUCCAUUGCACUGCCCGUCCAGACACUGGUGUCUGCACGAGCUGCUGCUCCACCUCAGCCUUCCCCUCCUCCCACCAAGUUUAUUGUAAUGUCAUCGUCCUCUAGUGCCUCAUCCACCCAACAGGUCCUGUCCCUCAGCACCUCAGCCCCUGGCUCAGGCUCCACCACCACCUCUCCUGUCACUACCACGGUCCCCAGUGUGCAGCCCAUUGUCAAGCUGGUCUCCACUGCCACAGCUGCACCCCCCAGCACAGCCCCCUCUGGCCCCGGCAGUGUCCAGAAGUACAUAGUGGUCUCUCUUCCCCCAACAGGGGACAGCAAAGGAGGCCCCACCUCCCACCCUUCCCCAGUCCCUCCCCAAUCCUCAGCCCCUUCCCCACUUGGGGGCAGUGCCCUCUGUGGGGGAAAACAGGAAGCUGGAGAUAGCCCUCCUCCAGCUCCAGGGACUCCAAAGGCUAAUGGCUCCCAGCCCCCUGGAUCUGGCUCGCCUCAGCCUGCCCCUUGAUGCUGUCACACAUCUGCCAACCUUCUCUCUCUUCACACACACACACACACGCUGGGUGGAAGGAAGUAGUCAUCUGCUUCCCUCACCUUAACUUUCUUUUUAGAUAUUGUACAGCCAGCUCCUCAUAAUAAAAGUUUGAUUUAUAA